AUGGAGAAUGGAGAACAAGGGUCUGAAAUAUCAGCACUAGGAGCUGGGGAGAGAGGGGCGGAGAGGGAGCGAACCUCUCAGUAUGCAGCAGGCAGCCGGGGCUCUCUAUAUAAAGCUCGGGUCUCGGGUCUGACGGAGGGAAGAGGCCCGGCUGGCCCGCGAGCUGGCAGCCGCCUUCUGCUCGGCCCCGCCGCGCCAUGGAAACCGGGGAGCCCUCAGCGAGCGGAGCCGGCGACCCGCAGACCGGCAGGCUUCUGGAGACCGUGGGUUGACGCCAGAGGCUACAAGGAGGAGGGGGCGCCGCAGCCCCCGGCGGAGGCGAUGCCGGACGGCCCCGGGGUGACCGAAGCCUCAGGAAAGCUUUCCCAGUACAGACACCCAGUCAGACUAUUUUGGCCAAAAUCAAAGUGUUAUGAUUACUUAUAUCAAGAAGCAGAAGCUCUUCUGAAAAAUUUUCCAAUUCAAGCCACAAUUUCAUUUUAUGAAGAUUCUGAUAGUGAAGAUGAUAUUGAGGAGCUGAUCUGUGAAAAUUAA